AAUGGCUUUGGGAUUUUAUAAUAGGGCAACAUUUAUCAUUUUUGCACUUAUGCCUUUCGUUAUAUGGCUUACUUCCGAUGAUUUUCAUAAUAUGAAAGAGCUUUGGGAGAAGAGUGCCCCGAAAUUAUUAUCUACAAUUUUCUCUGGAGUUUUAACCAGUUUAUGUAUAUCCUUAUUAGACACUUAUUACUACAAAGGAUUAACUCCGCUGGAUUUGAUUGCUAGAUUAAUUGCUAACGGAUUUUAUCAAGUAAUAAUUGGGGAUAUGGUUAAUGUUCCGUUGAAUUUUAUUACUUAUAACGUUCAACCAACAAAUCUGGCAGAGCACGGAAUUCAUCCUCGACUAACGCACUUUUUCGGAAAUACAACCCUACUCUACAAUGUAUUAGCCUUUUAUCCGCUUUUACACUCUUAUAGAAUAUUUACAAAACGAACGAAUUCAUCGAAACGAUACGAAAUGCCAACAGUCGGAGAGAAACUGUUGCUGAUAUACUAUAUCCCAAUUUUAUUGUUAUCCGUAUUCCCUCAUCAGGAAGCGAGAUUUCUCAUUCCUCUUUUACCACUUUUAUGCUUUCUCUACGGGACAGUAUUUUUUAGUCAGUGCCAUCAGGGAGGCGUUGUACAAGCCUUGGAAUAUGUAAAAAUGUCUAAUUCUUCAGGAGCGUUACUUUUCUGGAAAACCUAUAUGCCGCCAAGACAUCUACUCUUUCAGAAUGCCAGUAAUCCACAAUUGAAGGUAAUAGAUUUGAUGGGAUCAAGUCAACAGUUGGUUCACGAACAAAUCAAUAGAUUAACUUUAGGAAAGCAUCCCAUAAGAUUGUUAAAUUCAUCAAACGAUAACCAGUGUCCUUUACACUGUAGUGUAUAUUGCGAAUGUGUCAGAUAUAAAAAUGGUACGCAUGCUUGCCGUAAUUGUGAAAUAGGAGAGACUGAUCUUUCAGACAAGCAUAACGAGUUUGGUACACCAUACCGUACGACGGAAACUCCUAAAGCCGUACCCACAGAAAAAUUAUUAUUACAACCUGGUGAGGAGGAAAUUAUUUCGUAUAAUCCCCUUAAGAAUCCCGUAUCGUCGUGGAGGGUUGAGACGUCAUCCAAUGAGAGUAAAUUAUCUAUUCUAAUGAACAUUACUGGCUCUGGUCCAAUAAAGAAUUGCCCAAAAGAUUUGAUUGAAAUCUACGAUGUACACUUCGGGCAAGAGUUUCGUUUUUGUCCAUGGAAUAUAACAAAUUCCAAAAAGUUGUACGGUUCCUCCAUUCAAGUUUCGCUAAAUUGUCAAAGUGGAAAUUACAAUAAGGAUACGACACUUAGUAUAAAAUUUAUAGGAAUGACUACCAACUCGAGUAAGAACUUGAAAACUGUUGAUAAACUAUUAAUCGUUAUGGCGUGCGUUUGUAUAUUCCUAUUUAUUGUCUUUCUAACUGUCGCCAUACUGGUUAUAAUUAAAUUUAGACAAAAUAGAUUGGCUAGGCAAAGGCAGCAAAGGGCUAAUAAUUCUACAACGAAUAGAAAUUCAGCCGAGCAGUCAAACGGUCCAUCUAUAUCAGUUAUUAGUCCGCCUUCGUACGACACGAUCUGCGACCAACCACCUACUUUUCUUGAUUAUAUGCCCGAAGAAAAACCUCUACCGGGUACUGCUCCACCCGCUUACGCCUCGUUUCGUUCUAAUCAACAAAGAACUAGACAACCUAAGAAUGUUAUUAAUACGCAAGCAUCAACGGAGGCCUAG